GGUGUGUACUACGAUCUGUGUGUAUUACAUCUAUAGACUAUAUUUUUCGUGAACAAAUUUUGCUUGUGUCCCAAAUUUUUAAGUUACAUUUUUUUUUUAGAUUUUAGUAUACAGACAAAACAUUCUACGAUGGUCGAUACAGGAUGCUUCUUUAAUAUUGAUGGAGGUUAUUUAGAAGGUUUAUGUCGUGGGUUCAAGUGUGGUAUAUUAAGACAUGCCGAUUACUUAAAUCUGGAGCAAUGCGAGACCUUGGAUGACCUGAAGUUGCAUUUACAAUCAACAGAUUACGGACAAUUCUUAGCAAAUGAGCCAAGUCCUUUGGCCGUGUCUGUCAUUGACGACAAGUUACGUGAGAAACUCGUAAUCGAGUUUCAACAUAUGCGUAAUCAUGCUGUUGAACCAUUGAGCACGUUCCUCGAUUAUAUCACUUACAGUUAUAUGAUCGACAAUAUCAUACUUCUCAUCACAGGCACAUUACAUCAGCGUCCCAUUUCUGAACUUAUACCAAAAUGUCAUCCAUUGGGAAGUUUUGAACAGAUGGAAGCUAUUCAUGUUGCUGCUACUCCAGCCGAACUUUACAACGCUGUUUUGGUAGACACUCCUUUGGCACCAUUUUUUGUCGACUGUAUUAGCGAACAGGAUCUUGAUGAGAUGAACAUUGAAAUCAUUCGAAACACACUUUACAAAGCGUACUUGGAAUCGUUCUAUGAUUUUUGCAAGAAGUUAGGUGGUAUCACAGCCGAUACUAUGUGUGAAAUAUUGUCAUUCGAAGCAGAUCGACGGGCAAUUAACAUAACAAUAAACUCUUUUGGUACGGAACUGACUAAAGACGACAGGGCUAAAUUGUAUCCGAGGUGUGGUAAACUUUAUCCAGACGGAUUAGCAGCGUUAGCUAGAGCUGAUGAUUACGAUCAAGUAAAAGCCGUAGCUGAAUAUUUUGCUGAAUACAGUGCUUUGUUUGAUGGGGCUGGUACUAAUCCUGGAGAAAAAACUCUAGAGGAUCGUUUCUUUGAACAUGAAGUUAAACUUAACGUCAAUGCAUUUAUGCGUCAAUUUCAUUAUGGUGUGUUCUACUCGUACUUGAAACUUAAAGAACAAGAAUGUAGAAAUGUUGUUUGGAUAUCCGAAUGUGUUUCACAGAAACAUCGUGCUCGUAUGGAUAACUAUAUUCCAAUUUUCAAAUAAAUUAACUUCUAGUGCACAUCUAAUAUAAUAUAUUAUUAUAAAAUGUACUAUAAUAAUAUAAUAUAUUGUUAUGUUACAUAAAUUAUUACAUUACCACAUACAUACAUUCAGCAUAUGAAUUUGCGGUAAUGUUAUUAUUAUAUUUUAAUUAGCUUACUUAGAAAAAAAUCAUUGUAUCUUGAUCAUUCCAUUCAUAUUAGUAUGGCCGAAGCAGUGUUGAUAGUUUUCCAAAAUAAUUAUACUUCAUUUUGUUUUAUUAAAUUAUAAGUGUAAAAAAAAUGUAACUAUUUUAAAUGGAGUUAUUAAAAAGAUAGUUAUCCUUCAA